GUGGUUUCCAUGGCAGCGGGGUCGCGGGCUGGCGCGCGGGCAGGUUAGGAAGCUGCGGGCGGCCUGGGCUAUCCUCCCAGCCCGAGUCUGAUCGCUGUGCUCGUAGCGGGGAGGGGCGGCCCAGUCGUGCCGCAGCCAUGUCCCUGGGCACCGAGGAGCCGGCCUCGGAGACGGGAGAUGACAGUCUAUCUGCAAUUACCUUUGACUCAGACUUUGAGACGAAAGCAAAAAGGAAAAGUUUCCACAAACCUCCACCCACAUCACCAAAAUCACCUUAUUACUCUAAGCCAAGAAAAGUGGCAUCCUGGCGAUCUCUCAGGACAGCAGGGAGCAUGCCUCUGGGUAGCAGAACGUCUUUAACUCCACAGAAACUAUGGCUGGGAACUUCAAAACAAGGAAGUCUGACUCAACCCUUGAAAUCCAACCUCACCUUGGAGCAUGCAUGGACCAACCCCCCCAGCAGCACUCCUGACUAUCUGACAGAAGCCUUAAGACUGAAGAGGUCAAAUCUCAGGCGUUCUGCCAGCAAUGGCCAUGUCCCUGGGACUCCUGUCUACAGAGAAAAAGAAGAUAUGUAUGACGAGAUCAUUGAGUUAAAAAAGUCAUUACACGUUCAGAAAAGUGAUGUGGAUCUGAUGAGAACAAAGCUUCGGCGCUUAGAAGAAGAAAACAGCAGAAAGGAUCGGCAGAUAGAACAGCUUUUGGAUCCAAGCCGAGGCUCGGAUUUUGUUCGGACCCUGACAGAAAAAAGGCCUGAUUCCGGAUGGGUGGUUAAUGGGCUGAAACAGAGGAUCCUCAAGCUGGAGCAGCAGUGCAAGGAAAAAGACAACACCAUCAACAAACUGCAGACUGAUAUGAAGACCACCAACUUGGAAGAGAUGAGGAUCGCCAUGGAGACUUACUACGAAGAGAUUCAUCGUCUCCAGACUCUCUUGGCGAGUUCUGAAACUACAGGAAAGAAGCCUUCAAUGGAGAAGAAGAUGGGCGUUAAAAGGCAGAAAAAAAUGAGCAGUGCACUCCUGAAUCUGUCUCGGAGCGUCCAGGAACUCACUGAAGAGAAUCAGAGCUUGAAGGAAGACCUGGACCGCAUGCUGAGCAACUCCCCCACCAUCUCCAAAAUAAAGGGUUACAUGGAUUGGAGUAAGCCCAGGUUGUUGAGACGUAUUGCAGAGCUGGAAAAGAAAGUAAGUUCGAUGGAAAGCUCAAAACCACAUGCCUCAGACGUGGUCAAAUCCAAUCCUCUGGUUCAUUCCACAUCCAACUCCACGGUGCACAAGCAGCCACAUUCGGACCACCAGGAGGACAAUGAGCGUCUCCGAGGGGCAGUGAGAAACCUGAAGGAGGAGCGGAGCGCCCUGCAGAAUCAGCUGCAGGAGAAAGAUUUGGAAAUGAAGCAGCUGCUGCAGACAAAGGCUGACUUGGAGAAGGAGCUGGAAAAUGUAAAGAAAAGUGAGAAGGAGAGAAGAGAACAGGAGAUAGCUCUGAAAGAAGAAAUAAAAACACUUACUAGGAAGUUUCAAGAACUGGAAGAAAUUAAGAAAGAAGAAAAAGAUGAUCCUAUGGAAAUUACUGAUGAGACCCAAGAAGAACUCCUUCCAUCCCCUCCCAGCAGCAGGCACUCUCUGCAAGAUUCUGAGCCAGAUUCAAGUGACGAAGACUUCUCUCGGCCCCCCUCUCCCUGCCCUGAUGGGAGAAGAGAUGCAGCUGCCAGGAUCCUGCAGGCCUGGUGGAAGGUAUACAAACACAAGAAAGAACAGGCUGUUCUGGAUGAGGCGGCUGUUGUGCUUCAGGCAGCUUUCCGGGGAUAUUUAGCGCGGGCGAAGCUGUUACCCAGCAAAGCCUGUGCCCCAGAAUCUCCCAGCAUGCCAGGCUUUCCAAAUCAGAGCUCUCCCAUGCCCUCCGUCCCAAGCCCCGUAGCCCAGGCCGAGGGCAGCCCAGGGCUAGAGGAGGCCAUCACCAUUGUCCAGUCCAUCUUCCGGGCACACCUGGCACGGACCAGGCACAGUGCUACCAGUAAAAGAACAGCCCCUACAACUUCUAAGUGGAGACCUGCAUCAGUGACACACAAAGAAAUCUCCUCUCCACCCUACCUUGCAGCCUCUCCUGGUCAGGACAAUGAAGCGAGAAGUGAGCAGGCCCUGAAGGAUGACGAGGACAAGGACAAGGACAAGCCAUGGAAACCAGUAGCCCUGCACCCCCAGUCUGCAGAGUCCUCUUCUCCGGGGCUGCAGCCCGUGGUGCCUCCACCUACGGAUGACAUCAACUCGGAUGACUCCGAUGAUAUUGUCAUCGCUCCAUCUCUGCCCACCAAGAAAAACUCCUCCCCCAUCUAGGUCCCUCCCAAUCACUGUCUCCAAAAAGGUGAUGGCUGCAAGGGGUAGGAUAGGGUUAAAAGACAAAGCAUGUCCUAAAGGCCA